UUCCUGUUACUGUGUUCGUCCACCCUGUCCGGUUCGCACAUGCAUUUCUCAUAAGAAUAAUGGCAUGAUGAAUGAACAGUGAAGCAUAUUGUAUUUCAGUGUUGUGUAAAAUAUAACUUACGUGAACACAUAGACCGAAUAAACACAGGAGAACGGGUCCGGGAACGGAUAAGUGGUAGAUAGCUAUUUCUACACGGAAUUAGAUCUAGGGCGGAUGCAUGCUGUUUGGCUGGGCUGGGAGUUGACUUCCUUCAGGCUGGGACGCACUGUCUGUCUGACAGCGCUCUUUGGUUCAGGUGACAUCUAAAUUGGCCAGGGUUCCGGACAUAACCUUCCCAUAAAAGAUGCCGAAAAAGAAGACUGGCGCUCGCAAGAAGGCGGAGAGCCGAAAGGAACGCGAGAAGCAGAGUCGGGCUAACCGAGAUCACAUCGAUUUGGCCAAACAUCCAUGCAAUUCAUCCAUGGAUUGUGAAAAAUGUCAAAGGAGACAAAAGAACAGAGCUUUCUGUUACUUCUGCAGCUCUGUCCAGAAGUUACCGAUGUGUGCUCAAUGUGGGAAGACAAAAUGCAUGAAGUCUUCAGACUGUGUGGUCAAACACCCAGGGGUCCACAGCACAGGGAUGGGCAUGGUGGGAGCAGUAUGUGACUUCUGCGAGGCGUGGGUUUGCCAUGGAAGGAAGUGCUUGAGUACUCAUGCCUGCAUAUGUCCUCUCUCCGAUGCUGACUGCAUUGAGUGUGACCGUAGCGUCUGGGAACAUGGUGGGCGCAUAUUCCGCUGUUCCUUCUGCCAUAACUUCCUGUGCGAGGAUGAUCAGUUCGAGCAUCAAGCCAGCUGCCAGAUCCUCGAAUCAGAGAAUUUCAAAUGUGUUUCCUGUAACCGCCUUGGACAGCACUCUUGUUUGAGAUGCAAGGCUUGCUAUUGUGAAGACCAUGCACGCAGCAAAGUUUUCAAGCAAGAGAAAGGCAAAGCACCACCAUGUCCAAAGUGUGGACAUGAAACCCAGGAGACCAAAGACCUUAGCAUGUCAACACGCACGCUGAAGUUUGGCCGAGGGGGUGCAGAUGAGGAGAAUUGCUGGUAUGGAGCCUCUAGCUAUGCAUCCGGUUAUGGGACCACAAACCAGGAUGAUGAAGGUGACGAUGAUUACUACAGAGACGAUGAAGAUGACUAUGAAGAGGAAGACGAGGAGGAGGAUGAUGAUGACGAUGAAGAGGGAGAUGAGGGCGAGGCAGAGGCGACUGAGGCAGUGCGCUCCCUUUCAGUUGGCACGUCCUGAACAUAUUUGGCUUGCUGGGCAUUUCCCCUCGGGUUACUUUGUCACAACCCAAAUUCCAGGGAAAUCUGCUUUUUGUUUGUGUUUUUGGUUUCAUUGCAGCAGCAGGGGGGGUAUUCCAAGAAUGUGGUUAAGUGAUAAACCUGCAUGAAGUGGUACAUCUGCUAAUAGAUGGCCCACAGGUGUCAUGUAGUUAAGAACAUGUGGACUCCAGGCUCUUCUAUUAGAUGAUUUACCACUACGUGAAGGUUAGUUUAUUGGAUUACUAGCCAGGCUCUUGGCAUACUCUCCAGGCCUUGUAUUUGGAUCUUUAUGACUUGUCACUGCCUGUAAUGAUCUGGUAUGCUUUGAGAGUAAAUAAACAAAACACAAUGGAUUUUA